AUGAAGCUGUCGAGUACCUGUCAAUGGAUUCUUCUUUGUACGCUGUCGAUUCUGUCUGGGGUCAUUCAGUUUGCUGUCAGCACGAGUGAUUCCCAAGAUCAUGAUCCUGUUUUUGGUUGGAUUCCAGAACAUGAAAACAUAAUCUCACAGUCGGACUUGGAGCAUUUGAGAGAAAUGCAACGUGAAGUAACACCGUUAGAUCGUACAAGGUCGCGCAAUCCUGUUGGUACCGCAGCUCAUCAAUCUGUGCAAGGAAAGAAGAGCAGAAAAGAUAAAAAGGACAAAGCAAUCGCGAAAAGAACUUACAAUGUAAGACGAUGGAAAGGGUGA